CUCCUCCUCCUCUUCCUCCGCCUCCUCCUCCUCCUCCUCGGCCGCCGCCGCCGCAGCAGCCCCGGGAUUUUCGUGGCGCUGGGCGCGGGCGGGGGGGGCGCGCACAAAGGUGCACAAAUGCUCGGAGCCUCGGCGCGGACGCCCGACCCGUGAGCGGCCCCCAUGCCGCGGCGGCCGCCAGCUGGAUGCCGUCCCCGCCGCCCGCUGAGGAUGCCCCGAGCGCCCCGGUGAGCGCACGCACGGGGGACAGCGCCCGGCUCCAGCCCCAGCGCCCCUCCGGUGGGCGCACCGAUUUCUCCUGAGCCGAGCCCAGCCCAGUGUUCAAAAUAGAGUCCCUCAAGGUGACGGUCGACUUCCUGAAGGUGCCCCUCGGCCUGAAGAAGCCCCCUUUGAAGGAGGCCUUGGCGGCCAUCCCGGGGCCGGGGAGACCCAAGCCCCUCGGCGUGGAGCGGCACAAGCCCCGGCGCGCCGACACCAUGGACAAUGAGUCGCAGUACUCGGGCUACUCCUACAAAUCCGGGCACUCCCGCAGCUCCCGCAAGCACAGGGACCGGCGGGACCGGCACCGCUCCAAGAGCCGGGACGGGAGCCGCGGGGACAAGUCGGUGACCAUCCAAGCGCCGGGCGAGCCCUUGCUGGACAACGAGUCGACACGGGGGGACGAGAGGGAUGACAACUGGGGCGAGACCACCACGGUGGUGACGGGGACGUCGGAGCACAGCAUCUCGCACGAUGACAUUACGCGCAUCACCAAGGACAUGGAGGACAGCGCCCACCUGGACUGCUCCCGGCACCUGGGCGUCGCGCUGGCCGGGGCGCUGGCGCUGCUCGCCUUCCUCACGCCCCUCGCCUUCAUGCUCCUGCCCCAGCUGCUGUGGCGGGAGGAGCUGGAGCCCUGCGGGACGCCCUGCGAGGGGCUCUUCAUCUCGGUGGCCUUCAAACUCCUCAUCCUCCUGCUGGGCAGCUGGGCGCUCUUUUUCCGCCGCCCCAAGGCUUUCUUCCCGCGCGUCUUCGUCUUCCGAGCGUUGCUCAUGGUGCUCGUCUUCCUCCUCGUCGUCUCCUACUGGCUCUUCUACGGCGUGCGCAUCCUGGACUCGCGGGACCGCAACUACCAGGGCAUCGUGCAGUACGCCGUCUCCUUGGUGGACGCGCUGCUCUUCGUGCACUACCUGGCCGUGGUGCUGCUGGAGCUGCGCCAGCUCCAGCCCCAGUUCACGCUCAAGGCCGUGCGCUCCACCGACGGGGCCAGCCGCUUCUACAACGUCGGGCACCUCAGCAUCCAGCGAGCGGCCGUCUGGAUCCUGGAGAACUAUUACCACGAUUUCCCAGUCUACAAUCCUGCCCUCCUCAACCUGCCAAAAUCCGUCCUGUCCAAGAAAAUGUCCGGGUUUAAAGUCUAUUCCCUUGGCGAGGAAAACAGCACGAAUAACUCCACGGGGCAGUCCCGGGCCGUCAUCGCCGCGGCUGCCCGCAGGCGUGACAACAGCCAUAACGAGUACUACUACGAGGAGGCAGAGCACGAGCGCAGGGUGCGGAAACGCCGCGCCAGGCUCGUGGUGGCGGUGGAAGAGGCCUUCACCCACAUCAAGCGGCUGCAGGAGGAGGACCAGAAGAACCCGCGGGAGAUCAUGGACCCGCGGGAGGCAGCCCAGGCCAUUUUCGCCUCCAUGGCCCGGGCCAUGCAGAAAUACCUGCGCACCACCAAGCAGCAGCCCUACCACACCAUGGAGAGCAUCCUGCAGCACCUCGAGUUCUGCAUCACCCACGACAUGACGCCCAAGGCGUUCCUGGAGCGGUACCUGAGCGCCGGGCCCACCAUCCAGUACCACAAGGACCGCUGGCUGGCCAAGCAGUGGACGCUGGUCAGCGAGGAGCCGGUGACGAACGGCCUGAAGGACGGGGUGGUCUUCGUGCUGAAGCGCCAGGACUUCAGCCUGGUGGUGAGCACCAAGAAGAUCCCGUUCUUCAAGCUCUCGGAGGAAUUCGUGGACCCCAAGUCGCACAAGUUCGUCAUGAGGCUGCAGUCGGAGACCUCCGUGUGAGCUGACGAGGGGUGGAGAGGGGCCGGGGGGGCCACCCCGCCUCGUCCUCCCCGCCUCUGCCGAGGCUCAGCGAGGCCGUGGCCGGAGGGCAGGACUGCGGCAGGCACCUGGAAGCAGUGCCCGCGCCUGGCCCCGCCACCAACCUGUGGCCACCGCUCGCCCUCCGGCUCGGGUCCCCGUCGGGCGAGCCGAGCCCCUUCCUCCUCAUCCCCGCGCUCCCCGAAACCCAGGUCCUUGUAGCAAUCCCCCAGGAGGCGCAUCCAGCGCAGGACGGUGGCGCGGCCGGGAAGGCGACGGCGUCCCUCGGUGCCAUAACUCAAGGGCUAACCCUCAUCCGUUCAAUUUCCUUCACCAGCGUCUUUGCAGCGCGGCCGGGUCUGGCGGACCCCCCCCCGCCCUCCCCGCGCUUUCCCGUUUUCUACCUGGCGACUGUCCUGCCUCUGGCCUUAAAGCACCGCCCGGCGUCCGGGGCUGGUUUUUAAAAAAUCGAGACUUUUGGAGUAUUUUGCAAACACCUCUGCGAUCUGUGGCUGCUAUGAACCCCUCCCCGGCCGCCGGGGAAGGACCCGAAGCGGCGACGCUGCCGCGGGCAGGUCCUCGCCUCCCCACCGUUUUCCACGCUCGCCUCUUAACAAAAGCAAGAGAAAGUUGGGGUUUUAAGGCAAAAAGCGGCUUUUCGGCGGCGGUGCGUGUGCCCCCGAGGAGAUCAGCGUCCCUGCAACCCACCCUGCCAGCUCCGAGCACGGGGGGGCUUUGCACCGUUCCUGCAGCGUGGCAAGAGCCCAAAUUGUGCUGGAAGUGGGGCAAAAAUCAUCCCAGCCUCGUCCGUGGCACCGGGCUGGCCGGUGAGGGCGAGGGGUUGCGGGAUUUGGGGGGGCACAGCACCCUUUGGUUUGCUGCAGAACGGCCCUAAGCACCCCUCGGGCUCCGCUGCUGGCCCCGGGUGGCUUCUUUGCAAAGGGGUCUUGGGUCACCAAGGUCCAAAAUCUGCGUCCUGCGGUGGAGAUGGGGACGUGGUGGCCCCCGGGGGGGGCUGAGCGAGGGGACCCCGCAGCGCUCAGACCCACGGUGCCAUCGCCGUGGGGCACCGAGCGCUUGCAGGGCCCCCGUGCCCACAGAAGCUUUUGCCUUCCCUUGGUUUUGUUAAGGUUGCAAAUACCUCAUGGUUUUGUUUUUUUUUUUCCUGUUGUUUUUAUUUUAUUUUAUUUUUUUCAUCUGGCUUUUGUGCUGGGGGAGGCUCACGGGGGGUGACCGCGGCACCCCGAGCCAUUUGGGCUCGCUCGGCGGCGAGACCUGCCAAAUUCCCUCGCUGUGACGCACCCCAGGGGGGCUGGGGGCUUCCCCAGUAAAUACCAGUACCAGAGAGAGGCUCCCCAGUGGAUUUCAAGGGCUCGCCCAGCACAAGCUUGUGGGGGGACGCAGCGGCGGUGGGGUGGGGGGCGCCGCCUUUCCGAAUUCCUAGGAAAUCUCCAUUUUUCUGGAGUUUCUGUGUUUUUAUGGCCCCGCCAGGUCCCCGCCGUGCCAGCGUCCGUCCCGCGCCAGCUUCCAGUCCCGUUUACACCAGCACCGCCGCGCCGGAGCCCCCCCGGGUGCCGGAGCCCCUCGGGGGGGGCUGGUGCCGCUGGGAGCCCGGUUUGGGGGUGUUUUACUGCAAAAAGACUUCAGUGAGUGAGAGUGGAUGUUGUAGGCCUUGGGGGGGGGUGGGAGGGGGAUUUUCCACUUGGAGUUUAAGAAGAAUUCACCUUUUUUCGUUCUUUUUUUUUUUUUUUUUUUUUUUGUUUGUUUCCGCAGAGCCGAGCCCUUGUGCAUGCGUGUAGAAAAUUGUAAAAUGUAAAAUUGUUUUUUAAUAUAUAAAAAGCUUGUUUUUACAGUUUGCAGUGGAUCGAAGCAUUAUGGCAGUGUUAGGAAGUUGGUUUUUUGUCUUUUUUUUUUUUUUCAUAGAGGAUCUAAUUUUUUUUUUUUUUAAUAAAAUAAACCCGUUGGACAUUUUUUUU